AUGGCCGACAGGGAGGAGGAGAAGGCGGAGGCCGCCGUGCGGGAGGGGGAGGAGGAGCAGGGGCAGGAGCAGCAGGAGGAGGAGGAGUACGAGAGCGACCUGGACGACGCGCCCCUCCCGGCGGUGAGGCGCCGGGCCGCGGCGAGCGACGAGGAAGAGGAGGAUGAGGAGGGCGAGGGCUUGCCGUUGCCGCGGAGAGGGGCCGGAUCCGGCGCGGAGUCCGACGGGCAGGGCGCCGCCGAGGAGUACGGCGAGGAGUACGAGGAGGAGUAUGAGGAGGAGUACGAGGAGGUGUACGAGGAUUUCGAGCAGGGGCGUGGCGGGGCGGCCGCCCAGGCGGUUGCCGCGCCGAGAGAGGCGGCGGAGGGGGCCGAGGAGGGAGGGGAAGCCAAGGAGGCGGCGGCGGCGGGAGAGGAGGGGGAGGAGGGGAAGAAGGAGAGCGAGCCCUUUGCCGUGCCGACGGCGGGCGCCUUCUACAUGCACGACGACCGCUUCCAGGAGUCCCGCGGCGGCCGCGGCCGCGGAAGGAGAACACUGAGUAAUAGGAACUUGUGGAAUCCUAAAGAGGAGGAAGCUUGGGUCCAUGACAGAUUUGAUGAGAUGCAUCCACGUGGUUAUCAUAAUGGCAAUAUGAGAAAUCCAAGGGGCCGCUCUGGAGGGCGUGUUGGUGGACCUGGCGGUAGGACUCGUGGUGUUGGCCGUGGUAAUUUCAGAGGCAACAGGUCUCGAGCGCAUAAUCAUGAUGGUAACCAGAACUACAGCUAUGUUCCAAAGGGAUCUCUAGUUUCCCUUGAUAAUACAAAAAAUGCUGGACCAGUCCUGCGUGAGCACAGGAAGAACAGAGCUCCUAAAUCGUCUCAUGCUCGCAAUGAUGAUGUUGAUAACUUUGAUGUGGUUCCAAAAGAAUCUCACACUUAUAAUGACGGUUCCAGAAGUCGUAAGGCCACACCAAGCGUAAUUCGUGGCAGAGGCUCUAGACGUUACCAACCACGUCGCAGUACUACUGAGAUAUCUUCAGAGCAAAAUGAUAAAUCACAGAAACCUGAAAAUGCUUUAUCAAAUGCAAAUUUGGGGAAACACCAACCUCAGAAUUCAAAUUCUCAGCCUGAGCAAGGUUUUCCUAAUAAGCAAUCCUUUGCAUCAAACUUGAAUUCAGCCUCGCCGCCAUUUUACCCUUCAAGGCCGUCCCACCAGGAACAACUGAUUGGUCAAAGGGGGAAUGCACAACCUAGUACCACUAGUAGACCCUUCUCACCCCCCAUUGGUAUGGAACAUGUUUCUCCAACCCCACAAAAUGCCCCCCUGUUGAGAGGGAAGGCUUUCGUACCGAAGGGCACAAAUAUACAGUCAUCUCCAUCAUCAUCAAAUACCCAAUCCACACUAAGGAUGCCAACCCAGAUGUUGGGUGCACAAUUUGGUAGUAGUGGUCGAAUGCCAUCUUUCACACAACCUACGCCUACAGAUUUGACUGAAGACACUGGUGUUUCUUCACCUAAUGGAUCAAAUGAAGCUGUUACUCGAUUGACGGUGAAUGGGCAACCUGGUGACCAGGGAGAAGAGCGUGCUUCUUUUCCCUAUGGUGGAGGUCAUGUUCUCGGAGCUACAGGAGGCCUUUCACUUGGUGACAAAGGUUUCCAUGGCACCCCCGCACUCUUUCCAGUUAUGCAGUUUGGAGGCCAGCAUCCAGGUGUGCCUGGUGUUCCUUCAAUCGGUAUGGCUUUACCAGGAUUUGUGUCUCAGCAACAACAUGGCGUCAGCAAUUCUGAGAUGGCUUGGUUGACUGUUGAAGCUGUCCGUAUCACUAUAAUCACUCGCAGUGAUUAUUCUGAUGGGUCGCUGCCAGCGGUUCUGUUGCUCUAUCACGCAUCGUCAAGCAAUUAUCGUCAACCUGCUCGUCCCACUCCGGGAGAAAUCCUAAGAUCAUCGGAUCGGACGAUGGCGGCGCUGCGGUGUCGUGUUCCCUAUUGGGGGCGUUGUUUGUGGAGCGGCGCCGGAUGGAAGAGGCAUGAGUGGUGUUGCGUGCCUUCUCUCGCGUCGACGGCGGCGGGUCUCGGCGGCAUGGAGCAGCGGGGUCUCGGCGCUGGACGUGGCGUGGUGGCCUCACGCAGGGCGGUGGCACUGUCUGGCGCCAUGGUGGCGUUGACAGCUGACCUGACAAGGUCUUUGCGUCAGUACCCGCUCUGA